UUUUUUGGUUUCCUUCAUUCAAUUUUUUCUUCGCCAUUGUCAUUGUCAAUCCCAAGUCUAUAACAGUUGAUGGCUGCUGUUGUUUGGAAAUGUGUGUUAGUCAUCAUCAUCAAAUCUUUGAAUUCCUGAAUCUUUGAAUUCUUAUCAUCAAAAUAUUUUGUUUUUGUCAUUUAAACAAUAUAUAUAUAAAGAAGAAGAAAAAUGACAAUAAAAACUUUGAUCUCAAUGAUGAAAAUUUCAAAACCAUUCGAAUCAACAUGUGAUGGUCAUCGAUCUAAUAAGAAUUUAUUAAAUUAUAAACAACAAUGUUUGAUUGGAACAGAAUCAGAAUGCAAAUCAGAAAGAAGAAAAGGAAAAGAAAGAAGCGAAAAAAUUAGCUUGUCUAUUGAUAAUGAUUAUGAUUAUUAUGAUGAUGAUGAUGAUGAUGAUGGUAAUGAAAUCAUCACAUCAAAUGAUGAUAAUUCAAUGAUGAAAAAAUUAAAUUCUUCAUUUUAUAAAUGGGUAAUUUUGUGACUGGAACACAUAACAUUUACUAUGAAACGAAUUCAUUUUCAAACGAAAAUGAAUGUGAAAUUUUUUUUUCAAAUUGAUUAUAUUCGAGUGUUUUAUACAAUAAUUGCACUCAUUCCGAAAUCAAUUUAUUGUUCGAAUGAAUUGACCAUCGAUGACACCGAAUUGACAAUCAAUCAAAAUUUAAAUUAUUCUCUUGUUUAAUUUUUUUUGUUUACUUUGGCUGAAAUUGUAUCAUCUUUAUAUUUUAUUCAUAAUCUACGUAAUCAUCAUGAUUUUAUUAAUCUAUCUAAUCUGGCUAUUAUCAUCAUCAUCAUUAAUCAUAGCCAAUGCUGCUAAUGAUCAUCUUGAAACACAAUCAUCAUCAUCAACAAUGGUAUCACUUCGAGUAUUUGGCAAUGGUAGUGUUCAGGUGGCAAAUAUUACACCAAAUUACCAACAAACAACAACAACAACAAUGCCACCGAUUAUUGAUCCACAACAAAUGGAACAAGAAAGAAUUUUAGCACGUGAAAGGGUUAAACAAAAUCAUCUGAAUUUUAUACGUGAACAAUUGAUGCAAAUAUUAUUGGCUGGUCGUACACCACCAGUAGCGAAUGUUACAGCUUCAUCAUUAAAUGCUGAUGUUGUGCAGAUUAAACAAGUGAUGGAACAGAAUAAUGGAUCACCAACACCAAAAAUGCCCAUAUUCGAUCAGACAAACAUUGAUAGGAACGACAAUAAUGUUCGAUCAUCUUCGUCAUCAUCAUCAUCAUUAUCAUCAUCGUCUUCGGAAGUUUAUGCACAACGUUUACAAAGUUUUUAUCCAACAUGCGAUAUGACUAUUUUGGAUAUUUUACAAAACAAUGAUGAUGAACAACAGCAAAAAAAGAAUGAAAAUGAAAAAAUGGAAAUGAAACUUUAUUUUGAUUUAAUUAUACCAAAAUUACCGGAUUCACGAACACAUAUAACGGUAAUGUGGGCUAAAUUACGUUUAUUCGUGUUUGAUGGACCUUGUGGUCGUCGUGUGAAAAAUGAUAAUGGUGAUUAUUCGGAUAUGAUGUUAUCAAAUUGUGAAACUAAUAAGCUAAUCAUUUCAUUAUAUCAAUAUGUACCACCAUUAAAACGUAAUUGUCAUGCCAAUAUUCGGCUAGUUGAUCGUCGAAUCAUACCUGGUUUUUAUCGUGGCCACAUUGAUUUCAAUGUUCAAAGCGUUAUUAAUGAUUGGCAAAAUCAAUUACCAAAUUAUGGUCUUAUGAUCCGUGUGAAUGAUAGUGUUAGUAAUCGAAUUUCACCAUUUCGAUUUAUUCAUCAAAUGAAUUGUUCAGAUACCGUAUUACCGAUACCGAAUCUAGCGGAAUUAUAUGGAAAAAAUAUCAUGACAAAUCCAAAUAAAACAUCUGAUUCAUUAUUUACCAAUAAUAAUAAUAAUCAUCAUCGUCGUUUAUAUUAUCCAACAUUGGACCUAAUGACAAUGGAAGUUGCAAAAGAUGAUACACAAGAUACACAGAUAAUGUCUCCAUCAUCUAUGAUUAAUAAUAUGACGACGAAUGAACAAUCGAUUGAUUGACAGAGAAAAGAAUGAAUGGAUUCAAUUGGCUCAUUUAUUUCACUGAUUUCAUUAUUAUCCCGGUUUUUUUUCAUAAUUUUUAUUCAUCGAUUUACAUCAAAUUUUAAAACAUUGAAUCUUUACAAUGAUUCACAUUAAUUGUAUAUUUUUAUCAUACAUAAUUGGAAAAUUUUUUUGUCGAUUAAAUUUUUUU